AUGACGCUUUUUGGGCAGGAAGCCGCUAUGUCAAAUUCGGAAAUUUGUUCCCUUGCGUACGAGGGAAAGGGCAAAGAAGUCAAGGAAUUGAUUAAGAAAGAUUCAUCUCUGGCUUCUGCGAAAGAUGAGAGUGGUCGAAUUCCGUUACACUGGGCUUGCUCUGCGGGUCAUUCAGAGAUUGUUCAGUUUUUGUUCGAUUACUCAAAAGCUGGCUUUGAUGAACCGGACGAUGCCGGGUGGACACCUUUGAUGAUCUCUGCAUCGGCUGGAAGGACCGACAUUGUCAAAUUCUUGAUAGAGAAAGGCGCGUCCGUUAGUGUCAGAAACAAGACACGACAGACACCCCUUCACUAUGCUGCGUCAAAGGCCCACAUGCAGAUUGUAAAACUUUUGAUGGAUCAUAAUGCGGAAGUAAAUGCGCGGGAUUCGCUUGGGGCGACACCUCUUCAUCGCGCGUCCGCCAAGGGAAAUACGGCGAUAGUCAGCAUGCUGUUAGGACACUGCGGGUGUGACGUAAACAUAGCAGAUGCGCAAGGAAACACACCACUACAUCUGGCUUGUGAGGAAGACCGAAGAGAUGAGGCAAAAAUGCUGGUGAAGAGUGGAGCAUACCUGGAUAAACUCAAUAAGGUACUUAUACAGCUUCCUUCGGAAAGGAAGUCUCCUUUGGAUUUGGCUGAACCGGGAUUGCGCAAAAUAUUGUCAAGAUUGGCCGAAUCAGGAUAA